AAAAAUUGGAGAUGGACGCUCUUCAGCUGAUCAUAUUGUUAUUCUCAUCAGUCAGAUUGAUUGCCGAGGCUAACUCCACUCAAAAGAGUUGUCAAAACUUAAUUGGCGCUCCAGGCAUUCCCGGUAAUCCUGGGUUACCAGGCCCUUACGGUCGUGACGGGCCAAAAGGAGAAAAAGGAGAGACUGGAGCAAGAGGUCAGAAGGGAGGUUGUGCCCAGACCUUUUCUAACUGGAAACAGUGCGUUUGGAAAGGUCCUAAUGGACGUGACUAUGGAUUGAUCAAGGAUUGCCUUUUUAAAAAAAUGUACCAAAAGACAACACUGCGCGUUUUCUACUCUGGAGCUCUUCGAAUCCUUGGCUGCAAAAAAUGUUGCAAGCGUUGGUAUUUUACUUUCAAUGGCGCUGAGUGCAGUGGGCCAAUGCCUAUUGACGGGGUCAUUUACAUGCAUGAGGUAACUGGUGAACAACCCUUACGAGUUCGUCACAUUGAAGGCUACUGUGAGAACAUCCCAAAAGGCUCUGUGCGCGUGGGCUUCAACGUUGGAGACUGUCCACGUUUCGGAAAUGCAGACGCUUAUUCAAGCUGGAACUCAGUGUCCCGCAUUGUGGUGGAAGAAAUCCCCGCUCCACAGCAGUAGCUCAAGAAAAAAGUAAAAUAUCUUAGACAAAACGAGAAAAUGAUAAGGACUUUGACAUGAUGACUAUUGUGGAUCACUGUAGUUGCUGUUUUCUAUAAUUCGGGUACGAUUAAAAUAUGAAUAAAGAAAAGAGAAAUGUUUGUUGUCCUUCUUGCACAACAAGAGGUAAUUCACUUUGUAAAUUCAUGUUAGAAUUCCUCUCUGUGCGAGACAGAAACUCAAUUUUAAAGGGGUACUGCUGGAAACUAAGUUUGGUCAGUUUGAUCCAAACGCGUAAUGUAGCUCUAGCACACCUCAUGCUGACCUGGGCCUCCUCAGACUGACGUGACAGCCUUUCCACUGACAUAAACACUCUGUACUAAUAAGGCCAUGGUUAAUUGACACCCAUCCCUUCGGAAAAGACACCCUUCAAGGUUCUACAGCAUUCUUAACAUCGAGGUGGAGCACUCAGCCUUAAUUCCGCUGCCACCAUAACCCAUAACGCCUCCCGGUUAGCUCAAUGGAUAGAGCGCUGGACUGAUGCGCGGGAGGUCGGGGGUUCGAGCCC